UCAGUUCUUGCUUUAUAAUGCUUGAUAGGUGAAAAUGUGCUCUAUGUCCGUAUGUUAGUUGUUGUUUUUAGUUUGGUUACUAUUUACCUGAAAACUCUGUGUAAACCUUUUUUAUUUAUUUUUUAUAACCUUUAUCACUUUUUAAUCUGAACUUGUUAUAAGUCGUUGAAUUAGUAGAUGUGAGUUGGCAACCUAUUAUAGCAACAACUCAGAUCGAUAUAAAGACAAGACAGAUGAUAGAAGAAGAUACACCAGCAAUCUCUGCUCUAACUCCGUGGAGUGGUCUGUCAUGUGUCGUCUCACGUAUCAGGCAGCCAGUUCGUAGAUGCAAAUCUCACUGUCGAAAUGCUUCCCGUUUGUUGCCUCAAAUUGCCUGGUGGAAUCAGAAAAAAAUUGCAAGAUUCCGGAUUUGUGUUUGCUGAAGAUUUAUUCUCUACAAAUAACGAGCUGCAGAAAGAAGUGGAGAAAAUCCUGAAAUCAAAUUCUGAUUUGAGAACAGUGUUAAAAGAAUGUUUGAAUCCACCCCAUAAAUUAUCAGCAGGAGACCUACUAAAGAAAGAAGAAACAUGUCAAAGAAUUCUGACUUUUAGCUACAGAUUGGACAGACUGCUGGGAGGGGGCUUACCAGUUGGGUGUGUUACUGAAGUUUGUGGACCACCUGGCAGUGGGAAAACACAGUUUUGUUUACAGAUGUGUAUUAGUGUACAACUCCAUACAAGCCUAGGUGGCCUUCAGGCAGAAGCAGUGUUCAUUGACACUGAUGCAGGAUUCUCACCACAAAGACUGACUGAUAUUGGGCAAGGGUGUAAAGAGCACUGCUGUAGAGUGGCCAGAUCAGCAAACUUCUCUCACGACCUCAUGAAAACUCUAGAAGAACAGCGGUUUAUUGGAUAUCAUUAUAUCGCUGUACAAGACUACUCUCAGCUACUUGCUGUAGUUGUAGGGCUAGAAGAAUUCAUACAGAAACAUACACAGGUGAAGAUAAUAGUCAUUGACAGUCUUGCUUUUCCAUUUCUUCAACUAAGUGAUAUGUUGAAACGAACAGUGCUAUUAUGUAAGAUUUUACAAAUUUCCAACAGACUGGCUCUCAACUACAACUUAUCGGUGGUAGUAACAAAUCAUUUGACUACUCGGAUAAGUCCAGGUGAGAAUCAGCUGAUUCCUGCCCUUGGAGAGAGUUUAGGCCACUUGAUGACUCACAGAUUAAUGUUUGGAUUUCUACCAAAUGACGGAUAUUUUGCUGCUGUCAAUUUCAAGAGCCCUAGUUUCCAAAACGACUCAGCUGAAUUCCAGAUCACAAAAGAUGGAAUUCGAGAUGUGCACUGAACUAUCAUGAAAGAUCAUCUCUGACACACUGAUGUUUAUAUAAACUUAAAUAAAAUUUAAAAUAAAAUUCUAUAUACUUUAUACAAUA